AUGCCUGUCUUCAGCGGCCUACUCAAAGUCAAAGUUUGCGAGGCUGUCGAUUUGAAGCCGACGGCGUGGGCCUUGCGUCACGCCGUGGGGAAGAGCGGGUCCUUCCUCUUGGACCCUUACCUGGCGCUAAACCUGGACCAAACCCGGCUGGGACAGACCGCAACCCGGACCAAAACCAACAGCCCGGUUUGGCAUCAGGAGUUCUGCACCGAAGUGAGAGAGGGCCGCAGUCUGGAGCUGUCCGUAUUUCACGACGCUCCCAUUGGAUAUGACGACUUUGUGGCCAAUUGCACUAUCCAGCUGGAAGACCUACUCCAGAACGGGACCAGGCACUAUGAAGACUGGAUCGACUUGGAGCCAGAGGGAAGGGUCUUCGUGGUCAUCGACUUGUCCGGCUCGUCCACUGAAGCCUCAGGGACCAACGACAAUGAGGAGCGAGUGUUCCGCGAGCGCAUCGGGCCGCGCCGACGCCAGGGCGCGGUCCGCAGGCGGGUUCACCAGGUCAACGGACACAAGUUCAUGGCCACGUACCUGCGGCAGCCCACCUACUGCUCCCACUGCCGCGACUUCAUCUGGGGAGUCUUGGGGAAGCAGGGAUACCAGUGCCAGGUUUGCACCUGCGUGGUCCACAAACGCUGCCACGAACUCAUCAUCACCAAAUGUGCGGGGAUGAAGAAGCAGGAGGACACACCAGAGGAGGUCGGAUCCCAGCGCUUCAGUGUGAACAUGCCCCACAAGUUCAGCAUCCACAACUAUAAGGUUCCCACGUUCUGCGACCACUGCGGCUCGCUGCUGUGGGGGCUCAUGAGACAGGGGCUGCAGUGCAAAGUGUGUAAGAUGAACGUGCAUCGACGCUGUGAGACCAACGUGGCUCCGAACUGCGGGGUGGACGCCCGCGGCAUCGCCAAAGUGCUGUCCGACCUCGGAGUGACGCCCGACAAGAUCUCCAACACGGCCCAGCGCAGGAGGAAGUUGACUCCAGGGCAGGACCCUCCGCAGUCGCCUCCGGAUCUGUCUCAGAGCGAGGACAGUAGCUUCAGCCCCCCCGCGGUGCCCACCUCCCCCUCGCAGCAGGACUUGUCCGAGAGGCUGAAGGACGUCCUGUCUCUGGACCAGGGAGUUCCGCAGAACUCCUCCUCCUCGGCCUCCUCCACCACCUCCUCUUCCUCCUCCUCCUCCUCUUCCUCCGCAGGGCGAGAGAACGGGCAGAUGCAACGCCGGACGCUCAAAGACUUCAACUUCAUCAAGGUCCUGGGCAAAGGCAGCUUCGGAAAGGUGAUGCUGGCGGAGCUGAAGGGCACCGAGGAAGUCUACGCCGUCAAAGUCCUGAAGAAAGACGUUAUUCUGCAGGACGACGACGUGGACUGCACCAUGACGGAGAAACGCAUCCUGGCUCUGGCUCGGAAACACCCCUACCUCACCCAGCUCUACUGCUGCUUCCAGACACGAGACCGUCUGUUCUUUGUGAUGGAGUACGUGAACGGUGGAGACCUGAUGUUUCAGAUCCAGAGGUCCCGGAAAUUUGACGAGCCGCGUUCUCGCUUCUACGCAGCUGAAGUCACCUCGGCUCUCAUGUUCCUGCAUCGCAACGGCGUCAUCUACAGGGACUUGAAGUUGGACAACAUUUUGCUGGACGCCGAGGGUCACUGUAAACUGGCUGAUUUCGGGAUGUGCAAAGAGGGCAUCAUGAACGGAGUGACCACCACCACCUUCUGUGGGACCCCAGACUACAUCGCACCAGAGAUCUUACAGGAGCUGGAGUACGGGGCUUCGGUGGACUGGUGGGCUCUGGGGGUGCUCAUGUACGAGAUGAUGGCGGGACAGCCCCCCUUCGAGGCCGACAACGAGGACGACCUGUUCGAGUCCAUCCUCCACGACGACGUGCUCUACCCCGUCUGGCUCAGCAAGGAGGCCGUGGCCAUCCUCAGAGCGUUUAUGACCAAAAACCCGGCAAAACGCUUGGGCUGCGUGGUGAACCAGGGCUGCGAGGAGGCCAUCAAGACCCACCCGUUCUUCAGAGAGAUCGACUGGGUGCUACUGGAGCAGAGGAAGAUCAAGCCACCAUUCAAGCCCAGAAUUAAAACCAAACGCGAUGUGAAUAACUUCGACCAGGACUUCACGAAGGAGGACCCGGUUCUGACCCCCACCGACGAGGCCAUCAUCCGACAGAUCAACCAGGAGGAGUUCAAGGACUUCUCGUACACCGCACCGGAGGAGACGCAAACCUAA